UGUAAGUCAGAGUGGCCGAGGAGACUGGGAGAGAGGGAGUGCGAGCUGGCUCCCCGCCGGCCAGGCUUCCUCUGUGCUGUCUCCGGCUGUGCCGGGUCCUGGCUUGUGGCCCCCUGCCAUGCAGGCGCUCUAGGGGGUGGGGGGCAGUAUGAAGGGGGGCGAGCGUCCUUAUUCCCGAUAUCCUGCGGUGGGUUGGUUUCUUUCAAAGUGCUGCUGCUGCUGCCCGUGCAAAGAUGCUUACUCAGCCUCUUCGGGUGAAAAUGGAGGCAAGUCAGAGUCUGUGGCCAAUCUCCAACCUCAGUCUUCCUUAAACUCCAUCCAGAGCUCUCCAGGUCCCAAACGUUCCACCAACACCCUCAAGAAAUGGUUGACCAGUCCCGUUCGUAGGCUUAACAGCGGCAAAGCCGAGAGCAACAUCAAAAAACAGAAGAAAGUACGCGAUGGUCGGAAAAGUUUCGAUCUGGGAUCCCCCAAGACUGGCGACGAAACCACCCCACAGGGGGACAGUGCUGAUGAGAAGAGCAAGAAAGGUUGGGGUGAAGAUGAACCAGACGAAGAGUCCCACACACCACUUCCUCCUCCAAUGAAAAUCUUUGACAACGACCCCACGCAGGAUGAAAUGUCCUCCUCUUUGCUAGCAGCCCGGCAGGGCUCCGCUGAUGUGCCCACUGCUGCGGACCUUGUCAGUGCAAUAGAAAAACUGGUCAAAAGUAAACUGAGCCUAGAAGGAGGUUCUUACCGAGGGAGCUUGAAAGACCCCACGGGUUGUCUGAAUGAAGGGAUGACUCCACCUACACCACCUCGGAACCUGGAAGAGGAGCAGAAAGCCAAAGCCCUCAGGGGCAGGAUGUUUGUCCUGAAUGAGCUGGUCCAGACAGAGAAAGACUAUGUUAAGGACCUGGGGAUUGUGGUGGAGGGAUUCAUGAAGAGAAUAGAAGAAAAGGGAGUCCCUGAAGACAUGCGGGGGAAAGACAAGAUCGUGUUUGGCAAUAUCCAUCAGAUUUAUGACUGGCAUAAAGAUUUUUUCCUGGCUGAACUGGAAAAAUGUAUUCAGGAGCAAGACCGGCUAGCACAACUUUUUAUUAAGCAUGAGCGGAAAUUGCACAUCUACGUGUGGUACUGUCAGAAUAAACCACGGUCAGAGUACAUAGUCGCGGAAUACGAUGCCUACUUUGAAGAGGUGAAACAAGAAAUCAGCCAGAGGCUGACACUUAGUGACUUCCUCAUCAAACCCAUUCAGAGAAUAACCAAGUACCAGCUGCUGCUCAAGGACUUCCUAAGGUACAGCGAGAAGGCUGGUCUGGAGUGUGCAGAUAUUGAGAAAGCAGUGGAGUUAAUGUGCCUUGUUCCAAAACGCUGCAAUGACAUGAUGAACCUGGGACGUCUGCAGGGCUUUGAGGGCACCCUGACGGCCCAGGGAAAGCUGCUUCAACAGGAUACCUUCUACGUGAUUGAGCAGGAUGCAGGCAUGCAGUCCCGGACCAAGGAGAGGCGUGUGUUCCUCUUUGAACAGAUUGUCAUCUUCAGUGAGCUUCUUCGGAAGGGCUCUCUCACACCAGGCUACAUGUUCAAAAGAAGCAUCAAGAUGAACUACCUUGUCUUGGAAGAGAAUGUGGACAAUGACCCCUGUAAGUUUGCCCUUAUGAGCCGGGAAACAUCAGAAAGGGUCAUUCUACAGGCAGCCAAUGCAGACAUCCAACAAGCUUGGGUUCAGGACAUUAACCAAGUCUUGGAUACACAGCGAGAUUUUUUAAAUGCGCUUCAGUCACCCAUUGAGUAUCAGCGGAAGGAACGGAGCACGGCCGUCAUGAGGACCCAGCCUCCCAGAGUACCUCAGACCAGCCCCAGGCCCUACUCUGCUGUCUCUGUGGGGGCUGAAAAGCCCCCAAAGGGCUCCAGCCGUAACCCAUCACUGCCACCCCUGAAGAUAUCUACCUCCAAUGGCAGUCCAGGGUUUGACUACCACCAGCCCGGGGACAAGUAUGAACCCAGCAAGAAUGACAUGGGAGGGUGCAAUGGGACCUCAUCCAUGGCAGUGAUCAAAGAUUACUACGCACUGAAAGAGAAUGAGAUCUGUGUGAGCCAGGGCGAGGUGGUCCAGGUCCUCGCCGUCAACCAGCAGAACAUGUGCCUGGUCUACCAGCCCGCUAGCGAUCAUUCCCCUGCAGCCGAGGGCUGGGUCCCAGGCACCAUCCUGGCACCCCUCACCAAAGCCACAGCUGCAGCAGAAAAUAGCGACGGAAGCAUCAAGAAGUCAUGUUCAUGGCAUACCCUACGCAUGAGAAAGCGGGCGGAAAUGGAGAACACGGGUAAAAAUGAAUCCACAGGGCCUCGUAAAUCCAAGGAGAUUCUGGGCAACAAAGUCUCAGUUAAAGAGACGAACAGUUCCGAGGAGUCAGAGUGUGAUGAUCUUGACCCUAAUACUAGUAUGGAGAUCUUGAAUCCAAAUUUUAUCCAAGAAGUUGCCCCUGAAUUCCUCAUGCCCCUGAUGGAUGUGACCUGCUUGCUGGGUGAUACCGUGACCCUGCAGUGCAAAGUGUGUGGGAGACCGAAGCCCAACAUUAUCUGGAAGGGACCUGACCAGAAUAUCCUGGACAAUGACAACAGCACGGCCACAUAUACAGUCUCCUCCUGUGAUUCUGGUGAAAUCACUCUGAAGAUCUGCAACCUGAUGCCCCAGGACAGCGGGAUUUACACGUGUGUAGCAACAAAUGACCACGGGACUGCAUCAACGUCAGCUACAAUCAAGGUGCAAGGUGUUCCAGCAGCACCGAACCGUCCCAUUGCCCAGGAAAGGAGCUGCACAUCAGUGAUUCUCCGAUGGCUGCCUCCAUCCAGCACAGGGAACUGCACCAUCUCUGGUUACACCGUGGAGUACAGGGAAGAAGGUUCCCAGGUCUGGCAGCAGUCUGUGGCUUCAACUUUGGACACUUACCUAGUCAUUGAAGACCUGAGCCCAGGAUGCCUUUACCAGUUCAGAGUCAGUGCCAGCAACCCCUGGGGGAUCAGCUUACCCAGCGAACCCUCUGAGUUUGUGAGACUCCCAGAAUAUGAUGCUGCGGCUGAUGGUGCUACCAUUUCCUGGAAGGAAAAUUUUGACUUAGCUUACACAGAGCUGAAUGAAAUUGGAAGGGGUCGGUUCUCCAUCGUGAAAAAGUGCAUUCACAAAGCUACUCGAAAAGAUGUUGCUGUGAAAUUCAUUAGCAAAAAAAUGAAGAAGAAGGAACAAGCAGCCCAUGAGGCUGCCCUCCUCCAGCAUCUGCAACACCCUCAGUAUGUCACGCUCCACGAUACCUACGAGUCGCCCACGUCUUACAUCUUGGUCUUGGAACUGAUGGAUGAUGGCCGACUCUUGGACUAUCUUAUGAAUCAUGAUGAACUUAUGGAAGAAAAAGUUGCUUUCUACAUCCGAGAUACCAUGGAAGCCUUACAGUAUCUACACAAUUGCAGGGUUGCUCAUUUGGACAUCAAGCCAGAAAACCUGCUCAUUGACUUACGGAUCCCAGUGCCUCGAGUGAAGCUCAUUGAUUUGGAGGAUGCUGUCCAGAUCUCAGGUCAUUUCCAUAUCCACCACCUGCUAGGGAAUCCAGAGUUUGCUGCCCCAGAGGUGAUCCAGGGCAUCCCUGUCUCCUUGGGCACAGACAUCUGGAGCAUUGGAGUUUUGACCUAUGUCAUGUUGAGCGGUGUUUCCCCCUUUCUGGAUGAGAGCAAAGAGGAGACAUGCAUCAAUGUAUGUAGGGUGGACUUCAGUUUCCCCCACGAGUACUUCUGUGGGGUCAGCAACACAGCGAGGGAUUUCAUCAAUGUGAUGUUACAGGAAGAUUUCCGGCGGAGGCCCACGGCGGCCACCUGCCUGCAACACCCCUGGCUGCAGCCCCAUAAUGGCAGCUACUCCAAAAUCCCCCUGGAUACCUCACGACUGGCCUGCUUCAUAGAACGCCGGAAGCACCAGAAUGAUGUUCGCCCAGUUCCCAAUGUCAAGAGCUUCAUUGUCAGUCGGAUGAACCAAGGGACAUAAGCUUGUUCCCUGCCCUUGAGGCUCGACUGGGAUGCACAGUGUGAGCAAAAGUGAGACAAUGUUGGGCUGUAAAUAGUUCUGUGUUAAACCAUUUGACUUCCUGCAGUUCCCCAGAUUGAGUGAUGUACCUCAUGCACCUUUUUCCAGUGAUUAUUCAGUGUCUAAACAACAGUAAAAACCCACCCUAUAUCUAGGAGUUUUCUGAUAGCUGGACACUUACCCUCUCUAUAAGGUUAUUCUACAAAGGCAAAGAAUAAGCUACGUAUUGGGAUUGUGGAAAAUAGAAGGGGUGAGGGUAAAGAGGCCUGCAUGGCUAUUUUCAGGUGGACUUGGGUCAAAAUGGAAAAUGAUGAGUUCCUAGUGGAGUCUUAAAUGGAAUCAACUGAAGCUCAUGCUAGCGAGCCAAUUCAGAACUGAAAAGCAUUCUCUUCGAUGAGAUCUUCAAAAACAGCCAUAGAGUUCUGUGUAAGAGAGGUGGCCCGUCUGUCAACUGCUCCAGUUUAGGUGUAUUACAUAUAAUUUCUUAAUACAAAUAUAUGUGAGCAUACAGUAGAACAUAUCCACCCAGGUUCCAGGGUUUUAUGAUAUAUGUGUACAUAUGUAUGUAAAAUAGAUAUAGCUUUAAAAUCAACCUUUCUGUGCUAGAGUUAAAACAGUUAUUUAUAGGAGCAGUAAGUCGUUUUGACUUAAGCACAAUUAGAUGACGGAUUUUUUAAAAAGUAUUUUAUAAAACCUUGUACAAAAAUCUUUUACCAAAACCAGAGGAAUUGAUGUUACCCCCUUUUUUUUCCAGUAUCUGUAAACUCAUGACUUUGCUUCCAGCUGAAGGUUUAUUUGAUGAACACUAACUUGUGUCUAUCAAAAUUCUCCUGUUUCACUGACAGCUCAGAAGUCACCUGGUAGAGAAAUCUGCUGGAGAGCUAGGUCAGCAAUGGAAUUUAAAAUGUACUUGUCUAUUCAUGGAUAAUGAACAAAUCCAGGGGCCUAUUUUUAUGUCUCCACCUGAUUUUGAGAUAGGUCCAUGAAUAUAAUAUGUUCAUUUGAUAGGGCCAUUAGAAAACUUUCUUACAGUUCUUAUCCACGAGGGACCAGAAUUCUAGUUUCUUCUACAGACAUGCAUCAGACACUGGGAAGGUUCCCUUGUAUCCUUAUCACUGCUAACAGCAGUAAUGUUUGCCUACUAGGAGAAGGCAGCCAUACGUCUCUUUUCAAACACCUGGAAGAAGCAAAAUUCCUAGAGAAAUGGGUGAGAAAUGUGUGGACUAUCCUUUUGGUUCCUGGGUUUCCAAAUGUUACCAGAACCAGUUUUGUUUUGGUUUUUUUUU